AUGGAAACAACGGGUAGGAAGGCGGGGGGAGGAGGUCUCCCGUCUCUCCCUUCCCUCCCUUCUCUCCCGUCCUUGCCUUCCCUCAUUCCCUCCCUUCCAUCCCUUCCCUCCCUUCCCUCCCUUCCCUCCGUUCCCUCCCUUCUCUCCCUACCCUCCCUUCUCUCUCUUCUCUCCCUUCUCUCCCUUCUCUCCCUUCUCUCCCUUCUCUCCCUUCUCUCCCUUCUCUACCUUCUCUCCCUUCUCUCCCAUCUCUCCGUUCCCUCCCUUUACCCCCUUCCUUAUCUUACCUCCGUUGCCUCCCAUCCUCUUCCCGGCCCUCCCAUCCCCUUCCAGCCUCUCCCAUCCUCUUCCCGGCCCUCCCAUCCCCUUCCAGCCCCUCCCAUCCUCUUCCCGGCCCUCCCAUCCCCUUCCAGCCCCUCCCAUCCUCUUCCCGGCCCUCCCAUCCCCUUCCAGCCCCUCCCAUCCUCUUCCCGGCCCUCCCAUCCCCUUCCAGCCCCUCCCAUCCUCUUCCCGGCCCUCCCAUCCCCUUCCAGCCCCUCCCAUCCUCUUCCCGGCCCUCCCAUCCCCUUCCAGCCCCUCCCAUCCUCUUCCCGGCCCUCCCAUCCCCUUCCAGCCCCUCCCAUCCUCUUCCCGGCCCUCCCAUCCCCUUCCAGCCCCUCCCAUCCUCUUCCCGGCCCUCCCAUCCCCUUCCAGCCCCUCCCAUCCUCUUCCCGGCCCUCCCAUCCCCUUCCAGCCCCUCCCAUCCUCUUCCCGGCCCUCCCAUCCCCUUCCAGCCCCUCCCAUCCCCUUCCCGGCCCUCCCAUCCCCUUCCAGCCCCUCCCAUCCCCUUCCAUCCCCUCCCAUGCGCACACUGCCACUUCGUUUCCCUACUCACUUCAGGAAGUUCUCUACUCCCUUCUUCUAUUCCCCGCCAGAAAUCAAAGAUGUUCUUGA